CGCUCCUUCCUUUUAAUGGUGAGGGGUAAUAUCUUAGUUUCCAUUUUUUCCUCGACAAAGUUUUUGGGUGUUUUCACAAUCUCACUUUCUCUCUACAUGCAAAAUCCAACCUCCACAACACCCUAACACAAACAAAAAUCCCAACCUCCAUCUCUCUCUCUAUCCCUUUCCCAAUCACAUAGACCCGAAAAUCUCUGCUCCUUGAUUCUUCCUCCAUUUCACCUACCUUUUCAAUGUUUUGGUUGUAAGGGAAGAAUGAAAUCAACCCCAUUUCCUUUUUCAUCAUCAUCGUCGAAUAACAACAAUGGUUCAACCGGCACUCCUGGUUCUCAUUUACACGGGAAAAGGGACAAACAAACUUUAAACAUAAUCAUGGGGAAGGCUAUGCCUUGCUUGUUGUCCACAUUUGCCAUAACCACCAUUUUCACCUUCUUCCUCUACUCCCCUGACCCUUUCAAUCUCACUCCACCUCCCAAACAAACCCAAAAACAACAACAGGGAGGAGAUGCUCAUCAUCUUCUUGAUCAAACCAUCUCGUUAAAACCGCCAACAUCGCCUCCCAAUCUAAAGGUGGAGGAGAAUUGUGAGCUGUUUAAGGGACGGUGGGUGCCCGAUCAUGAAGGUGCGAGGUACAGUAAUUGGAGCUGCCCGACGAUGCCAGACUCCAAGAACUGUUUCCGGCAUGGAAGGAAGGACAAAGAUUUCCUCAACUGGAGAUGGAAGCCAGAUGGUUGUGUUCUUCAGAAGUUUGAUCCUAAAGCUUUCUUUGAGAUUGUGAGAGGGAAGGCGAUGGCAUUUGUUGGGGACUCUGUUGCCAGGAAUCACUUUGAAUCACUACUCUGCCUCUUGUCCCAGGAGGAAGCUCCAGUAGAAGCCUACAAGGAUGCCGACGACAGGAACAGGAUAUGGCAUUUCCCCAAGCACGAUUUUAUUCUGAAGGUCAUCUGGACCAAGUUUCUGGUCGCCGGAGAAGAAAGGAUGAUCAACAGCACGACAUCAGCCGGCAUCCACGACUUGUACCUCGACAGGCUGGACGAGAACUGGGCUCGAGACCUGCACGCCUUGGAUUAUGUGAUUAUCUCAGGAGUGCAUUGGUUCUUUAGGGCCAUAUAUCUCCACCAGGAUUCAAAGGUGGUGGGUUGUAUCUACUGCAAUGAGCCGAACGUGACCAACUGGGACGUCAAAAUGGCAGUGAAGAUGGCCCUCAGGGCAGCUCUCGACCGGAUAAACAACUGCAAGGAAUGCAAGAAAACAGUCGUCGUGGUGAGGACAUUCUCCCCGUCUCACUUCGAGAACGGGUUGUGGAACACCGGCGGGACCUGCAACAGGACAGGGCCUGCCAGGGAGUUGGAGAUCGACUCAGGGAGGGAUGUUUAUGAAGUGAGAGACAAGCAGGUGGAGGAGUUUCAACGAGUAAGAAAAAAAGUUAAGAAGGGGAAGAAGUUUGGAGUGUUGGAUAUCACUAGGGUUAUGAGGGUGCGGCCUGACGGACACCCAGGCUUAUUCUGGGGGAACCAGUGGAUGAAAGGGUACAGCGACUGCGUUCAUUGGUGUUUGCCAGGUCCUAUCGAUGUCUGGAAUGAUUUCUUGAUAGGAAAUGCAAAGAACAAGCUGUGGACGGUUUUCAAACCAGAAUUCUUCUCAUUACCAACUCUUACGUCCAUAAACAGAACUGCAAUUUCUCCCACUAUGCUCUAAGUUUACAACACCCAUUAUAGGAAGGAAAAAACUAACUUUGGAGCCCCAAAAGAGAAAGGAGCAUAUUAAUGAAACAAAUUUGCUUAAGUUAAUAUAAAUGAGAAACAACAAACAACAGCAAUUCAUUCUACAGAGUUACCAAGCACAAAGGAGCUUAAUUCACGAACUGGCGUGAACUCCACAACUCCAAUAUCCAUAGCAUACCCAUUAACAGGCAACUUCAAGUCUCUGAGAACACAGAAUGCAUCCGCCAUUCUCGCCUUGGGAACGUCUUGAGCCACAGCACAGUAAGGAACCCAAGCAUCAGGCCUGUACUCUUCCCCAAUCUCGAUUCCUUCCUUCCUCAUUGCAUCACAGAGCUGAGAAUGGAACUGAAGCAAGGAGAGCGAAGGCGUGGGGGCUAGAAACAGGACAUUGUUGUCGCUGGGGAGGGUGCCGAUGGUGGAGAGAGACAUAGGCAAAGGCUCUUGCCUUGCAGCAAAGCUCCUUAUUACUGAUUCCAGCUUCGUGGGGUCGAUGUAAGGGUUGGAAUACAGGGUUAUAUGAGGGCGAGACUCGAUUUCGAUGAGCUGCGUGCUGAUUUGGCGGCGAGCUAGCACGUUCCAGGCUUUCAAGACCUGGUUUUCCAGCGCCGGGUCGAAGUAGAGCUCAAUUGCAUACCCCUGCUGUGACAUUUGACUGCUGCUGCAGAGGCUGCCCGGAGGACUGAAUUUCAGAAACAACCCAAGAUCCAAACACUUGCACAGAUGAUGAAAGAGUAAUAUACUGAUUUUCCCCCAAAAUUGAAGGGAACCCUAAUGGGAAUGGCGCGAGAUUUGGAAGAACCAAGUUGGGGGAAAUUGGGUAAUCGAAGGGAAGUUAAGUUACCCGAAAGAGGAAGAGGGGAAAACAGGGAGGAUGAAAUUGGGAAGGACCAGAUUGUGAAAGAUGAAGAUGGAGAGCAUGUGCAAAGGGAUGGAGAGGCGGAUUUUGGGGUUGCUAUGCAAAUAAAGUGACAAAAGAAGAGACAGAUAUGGCGAGCGAGAAAGGAAGGUGAAAGGAAGAGAGAGAGACCAGCUGUUUGUGAAAGUGGCCGAGGAACAGAGAGAUAGAGAGAGAGACUUUAGUUUUGAUUGCGUUGCUCCAAUAGCGUUAUUCUGCUAACGCUAUUAGUGAUGAGGAGCCACGUAGGCGAGCCACCAUCGGAGGGGUGAGAA